AUGAUUGACAGGAGAAACAUUGAGGCCGUGUCUGAGCCCGCCAUUGCUGGUCAUUUUUUUCGCAUUCCCCGGCUAUCCGGCCGUAUUGUGGGGCUCUGGCCGCAGCCCAGUGGCCGAGGCCGUCCUUGGUACGCCCACCUCCUCUUCGUGUUCGCCUUCGUCGUGGUCUUGGUGGGGGCGGUGGGUGAGGUAAGCUACGGGUGCGUGCACCUGGACGACCUGGUGGUGGCCCUGGAGGCCUUCUGCCCCGGCACCACCAAGGCGGUGUGUGUGCUGAAGCUGUGGGUUUUCUUCCGGGCCAAUCGUCAGUGGGCAGAGCUGGUGCGUCGGAUGAAGGACAUGCUCUGGGCGGCGCGCAGGCAGGAGAGUCAGCAGAUGCUGGUGGAGCUGGCCACCACAGCUAGUGGACUUAGUCUUCUGCUGCUCAGCUCCGGCACGAUGACAAACACUGCAUUCAAUGCCCAACCCCUGAUCAUGGGCUUCUAUAGAUGGAUCUUUGAUUUACCUGGUCAGAUCGAACUGCCGUUUAAUAUAAUCGUGCCUUCCUUUGCCGUCAAGCCUCCUCUGUUUCCCCUCACCUAUGUCCUGCUGACCGCUUCCGGAGCCUGCACAGUGUUUGCCUUCAGUUUCGUGGACGGCUUCUUUAUCUGCUCCUGCAUGUACAUCUGCGGAGUAUUCCGGCUGGUGCAGCAUGACAUUCGAAAGAUAUUUACGGAUUUGCAUGGCGAAUCCGUCGAUGUUUUCACGGCGGCCAUGAAUGCGGAGGUGCGCCAAAAACUGGCCGCAGUUGUCGAGCGUCACAAUGCGAUUAUCGAUUUGUGUACGGACCUAACACGCCAGUUCACCGUUAUCGUUUUAAUGCAUUUCCUGUCCGCCGCUUUCGUCCUGUGCUCGACCAUCCUGGACAUCAUGUUGAACACGUCGUCCCUGAGUGGCUUAACCUACAUCUGCUAUAUCAUCGCCGCCCUGACGCAGCUCUUCCUAUACUGCUUUGGAGGUAAUCACGUUAGUGAGAGUAGCUCGGCUGUGGCGGACGUGCUGUACGACACUGAGUGGUACAAAUGCGAUGCGAGGACUAGAAAAAUGAUUUUAAUGAUAUUGCGGCGCUCGCAACGGGCAAAAACAAUUGCGGUGCCGUUUUUUACACCCUCUUUGCCAGCUUUCGGUUCGAUACUCAGCACAACCGGCUCAUAUAUCACACUGCUGAAGACAUUUCUGUAAGCCUACGCGGCGUAUGAUUGAUAUACCGAAUCGGAUUUGCCCAUGUCCUGUUUGGUCCCUCGUCCUUGUCAUUGUUUGUUUAAAUUAAAACCUCCAACUGGAAUGGACAUUAAAUUGCCUGUAAACGAAUCAGCAACAAGUGGUGCCCAUAUCCCCGGCGUAAUUGUUUCAUUUAAAUAUUGCGAUGAUCUCUGUGUUCUGGAUUCCAACUAAUGAAAAACACUUGCGGCUAUGGGGGCAUUAAUUGGGUCACUCCUCGGCGUGGGAGGAUGGAGGGCUGUUCUGGUGGAGACAGUAAUGGCGUUUUUAUGGCGCCAUCUUGAGGUCUCUGGUAUAAUAAUAUUUUUGUUUGGUUUAAGAGAGCAGCGGAAAAUAUCAAUUAUAAUUUGCGAAGAAGAUGCGGGAAAUUUAAGUAUUUAAGGCAUGAAAAAAUAUUUGUAUAAAUAGUGUAAA